AUGAAACCAAACUCCAUCCCAGCCGGCAAGAACCAUUCUUCCACAGAUACUACCAGGAAUACUACGAGUCUCAUCACCAUGGAUGAAGAUACUGUCAAAACUGGGACUGAGCAAACCACUUCGCCAGGACCACUAUUGGUCUUCGUGCUCGGAGCGCCCUGCUCUGGCAAGUCCACCCUCUGCGCCGCCUUAGCUAAGCGCUACAACCUAGCUCACCUCUCGCUCGGCGACGAAUUACGCUCGCUCGUGAGCGAUACGCCCUCAAAUCCUGUUUCCCGCAUCAAACAUCUCUUCUCUGACGCUGAGCUCGACACUUUUCGCAACAAUCUGAGCGCAGGGACACUCGGCCCCGUUCACCUCACGCCCAAGUACGUCAAGGAGCGCGUCUUCCCAGCCAGCUGCGAACCAGAGAACGUCCGCAUGCUGAUCGAUGGCUUUCCUCGAGAUUCUGAACGCUGGGUGCCGUUCAAGGAGUUUGCAAAGCCGGUUUGGGCGCCUAGCAGGACGAGUGUGCUGAUAGUGCUGGAUGUUGAUAAAGAAGUAGCAUGGGAGCGUUUUACGAGAAGAGGAAGGGCUGGAGAUGUGUUUGAAAGGAGGUUCGAAGAGCAUACGAGACUCGUUCCAAGCAUUCUGGAAGCGAUGAGAAAGGAUGAGAUGAUCAUCUUCAGUGUAAGGAAAGAAGAGAACGCUAAUGUGGAGGCAACUGUAGAUAGGCUGACGGGGCUCUUGGGUUGA